AUGGAUUACUUGCCAUCGCCAUUGGCGGGUAUGGCGUCGUCGGCGGAGGGGGCAAAGGUUCUGAACGCGUACAAGGAGGCGCUCGCCACUGCAGCCUCGGUGAGCGCUUACGCCAUGCUUGCGCGCGGCAUGGCGCGGGAGCUCGUCCCCGAGGAGCUGCGGGCGGCGGUGCGCUGGGGCGCGUCCUUCGUGCGCUCCCGCCUCGGCACCCGCGAGAAGGAGCGCCACACCAUCAUCAUCCGCCGCACGGUGGACAAGAACCACUGCGCCCCGUUCGACGACGGGUCCAGCCUCUUCGAGGCGGCGCGCACGUACCUCGCCAGCAAGAUCAAUCCGCGCGCCGUGCCCCGGCUCCGCCUCUCGCGCUCCCUCAUUGAGCCCGACGGGACCUGCAGCUGGCGCACGCUCCUGAGCAUGGAGGAUGGGGGCUCAACCACAGACGUGUUCGAAGGCGUUGAGUUCUGCUGGAUGUACAUGGACGCUGGCGGCGACAACGGCAAUAGGGGCCAGGGCGGCAGCGAGUCCUUGGAGCUCAGCUUUGACGCGGAGCACGCGGAUAUGGCGCUCGAGAAGUACGUGCCCUUCAUCAUGUCCGCGGCGGAGGAGCUGCGACGGCAGGACCGCGCGCUCAAGAUCUUCUUGAACGACGGGGGGGCGUGGCAAGGCAUCAACCACCACCACCCAGCCACGUUCGACGCGCUCGCCAUGGACUCGGAACUCAAGCAGUCCGUCCUCGACGACCUCGACCGGUUCCUGCAGAGGAAAGAGUACUACCAGCGGAUCGGCAAGGCGUGGAAGCGCGGCUACCUGCUCUACGGCCCCCCGGGCACCGGAAAGUCAAGCCUGGUCGCCGCCAUGGCUAACUACCUCCGUUUCAACCUCUACGACCUCGAUCUCUCCGGGGUGUUCAGCAACUCGUACCUGCAGAGACUCCUCAUCGACAUGCCCAACAAGUCCAUCCUCGUCAUCGAGGAUAUUGACUGCUGCUUCGACACCAUGUCGAGGGAAGGUCGCAAUGAAGACACGUACGAUGACUACCACACGGGAGCUUACCAGCAUGAACGCAAGAUAACACUGUCGGGCCUGCUCAACUUCAUCGACGGGCUGUGGUCGACAACCGGCGAGGAGCGCAUCAUAGUCUUCACCACCAACUACAAGGACCGCCUCGACCCGGCGCUGCUGCGGCCGGGACGCAUGGACAUGCAUGUCUACAUGGGCUACUGCGGCUGGGAGGCGUUCAAGACGCUGGCCCGGAACUAUCACCUCGUCGAUGACCACCCUCUGUUCCCGGAGAUACAGGAGCUGCUCGCGGUGGUGGAGGUGACGCCGGCCGAGGUGUCAGAGAUGCUGCUAAGGAGCGAGGAUGUCGAUGCUGCGCUAGGGGUGCUUAUGGAAUUCCUCCAAGGAAGGAGACACGCACCAGAUGAGGCAAAGCACAACCAUGACGAGGCACGGUAG